AGUCCGAGUCACAAGCAACCCAUUGGCCAAAAUGUCUUCCACGAAACUUGCCUUGAGCCUAGUUUGCCUUUUGGUAUUCCUUCAAGGAAGUUUCACAGCCCAAGCUCAGGCUGGUGAUUAUGUGGAGCUCUGUAAUUUAACCAGCAGCAUCGCUGUGGAUCUUACUCAGUUCUCUGGCAUUUGGUGGGAGGUUGCCCGUCAGCCGGCCGGAAAAGACUUUUGCACCGAGGUUAAUAUCACAGUGCUGCCAAAUCAGGUCCAGGAUAAUGUUUUGAUAGACACCACGUACGGGGUAUCGCCCGAUUAUCCGUGGGUGAAUCAAACUAUGAAUGCCACCCUCACCGUGGAGAACAUUACUGUCGCCCAGGAUGGCUUUAACUUCACCUACUGGAAUCCGCCAGGCUACACUCCCUAUGCAGUGUACAAGAUCCUCUACACUGACUACACCGAUGCGACCUUUAUUUGUGGCUAUACUAAUCAGACUGACAAUUCCACGUCUUUUGGAAUGAUCCUAACUAGAGAUCGAACUCCCACCACCGAUGCUUUAAAUAAACUACAGAGCUUCGCCUUUGGGCUAUCCUCUAACUUUUUAAAUGGCACCAUGCCAGUGAUAACUCAGGGCGAAACUUGCUAUGCAUCAUCCGGAGCCUCUACUAUUGUAUCCAUGCUGUUGAUUGCCUUGGCCUUUGUUCUUGGCCUUAGUGCUGACCGUCAAAUCAUUUAGUCUACACUCAACCAGAACGAGAACAACUUUAGCUUUCCUAUUAACCAAACUCAACUUAUCCUAACUUAAAAUUCAAUUUGCUUUGUAUAUAAUUUCAAAUGUGACGAUCAAACAAAUAAAAACUUACGCAUUUUCAUUA